CCAAUCACCCAUUUUUGUUUCCAGGCCCUCCUGUUUUGCUUCGAUUACUUGCUAGUUGCUUAUACAUACAGACACACAAAGACCUCUUUCAUUCUCUCUCUCUCUCUCAGCUCUUAAAAAAAUCUCAAUUAGGCUGCAAACCAAAGAUGCCAGUUGACAUGGCUUCGGUUUCUGGGACAACAGUGUGCGUGACUGGUGCCGGAGGUUUCAUUGCUUCUUGGAUCGUCAAGCUACUCCUUGAAAGAGGCUACACUGUCAGAGGAACUGUCAGAAACCCUGAUGACCCAAAGAAUACCCAUUUAAGAGAACUGGAAGGAGCUAAAGAGAGGCUGAUUUUAUGUAAAGCUGAUCUUCUUGAUUUCCAAAGCCUCAAAGAAGCCAUCAAUGGCUGUGAUGGAGUUUUUCACACCGCUUCUCCUGUUACUGAUGAUCCUGAACAAAUGGUGGAGCCGGCUGUCAAUGGAACUAAGAAUGUUAUAAUUGCAGCAGCCGAAGCCAAAGUUAGGCGUGUGGUCUUCACGUCAUCAAUUGGUGCGGUUUACAUGGACCCUAAUCGGGGCCCCGAUGUUGUGGUUGAUGAAUCUUGCUGGAGUGACCUUGAAUUUUGCAAGAACACCAAGAAUUGGUACUGCUAUGGUAAGGCAGUGGCAGAGCAUGCAGCUUGGGAGGUAGCCAAAGAGAAAGAGGUGGAUUUGGUGGUGGUGAACCCAGUUCUGGUUCUUGGUCCUCUUCUUCAGCCAACAAUUAAUGCCAGCAUCAUCCAUAUUCUCAAGUACCUCACUGGCUCCGCAAAGACUUAUGCCAAUUCGGUUCAAGCUUAUGUCCAUGUCAGGGAUGUGGCUUUAGCCCAUAUUCUGGUUUUCGAGACUCCCUCUGCCUCUGGCAGAUAUCUCUGUGCCGAGAGUGUACUUCACCGUGGGGACGUGGUCGAAAUCCUUGCCAAGUUCUUCCCGGAAUAUCCUAUUCCUACCAAGUGUUCAGAUGAAAAGAACCCAAGAAAAACACCCUACAAGUUCUCAAACCAGAAGCUGAAGGACUUGGGACUCGAAUUCACGUCAGUGAAGCAGUGCUUAUAUGACACUGUAAAGAGCCUGCAAGAGAAAGGUCACCUUCAAAUCCCUACACCUCAGGAAGAUUCCAUUAAGAUUCAGUCUUAGUACUUCUUGUUCUUCUAUAUGAUUUCUGCUAAUCAAAACUGAAUAUUAUAAGGUCAAGUUAAUCUGUGCUUUCUAUAUCUGGUACCGAACAGUUUAUCACAAAACCAUAUAACGAAAAAUGGGAUUGUGACAAUAUUGUCUGUUUCUUGUCUCAUUCCAUUUUGCUAUAUAGAUGUUAUAAACAGUAUUUUGUAAUGGAAUAUAUAUAUAUAUAUAUAUUUUUUCAAGUA